AUGAAAUAAAAACUUUAUAAAUGGUUCACUCUUGACGACAUACAACAAGGUCAUAUUACUAUUUAUCUCUAAUUGUAUUAACAAUAACCAAAAGAAUUUGGAGAGUGGUAAUAAAUUACAGGUAUCGAUCUCUUAACAAAAAAUAAGAAACAAAUCGAAUUAUCAUAUCAUUAACCAAUUGUUAAUAAUUCAAUAUAUUCAAUCAUGGGAGUUGCAUAUUAUGAUGAAAAAGAUAAUUGUUUUAAAAUCACCAUCGAACAUUUAAAUGAAUUAUAUGACUUUAACUCAGAAUUGCAUCAAUAUACAUAUGAAUAAAUUUAAAAAUUAACUAAAUAACAAUGA